AUGAAGGUGAGGAUGUAUAUUUACAGUCACCCACCGACAAAUAAGGGGAAGAGGGAGUGGGGUAGUGUCGGAUCAUCCGACUCGUAUGAGAUUGACAGGGGUGGAGUGACGUGGGGAAUUUGCAGAGAAAUCAUGGUAGCUCGGAUAAGUGAGAGGUCAAGGAAAGUGGGACUGAUAAGAGAGUUUCAAAGCGGGAGACGAGUGGUGGUGGAAGGGGAUUUUGACUUGGUUAUGGAAAACUCAUCACAAGUAGCUGUAACUGUGGAUGAUUUAGAGGAGAUAGCUGAAGUAACUUCACUUGCAGAAAGCUCGAAAGAGAUGAAAGCGGCAAGUAAUCCUGAUUCCAGUUUACAGACUAAUUUGGAAAAACCUGCUGCCAUGAAAGUUGAAGAAGGAUCAAGUCCAAAGUGGUCAGCAAAGGAAAUAACAGAUUAUGAUUCUCAUGCCUCUUUGUUUCUAAAGUGGAAGAAGAUAUUUCUAGCAUCAUGCGUGUUUGCUGUUUUACUGGAUCCGUUGUUCCUUUACAUUCCUAUAAUCAACCACGAUACGAGUUGCUUAGGAGUUGACGAGAAUCUGAAGAUCACAGCUCUUGUUCUAAGAUCACUGACAGAUCUUUUCUACAUAAUGGAGAUCGCUCUUCAGUUUUAUAGAUCUGAGAACUGUUCUGGUUUAAUCAGUAAAUUUCAUCACAGACACUACUCCCUCUUAAAGUUUCUGCGGAAGCUUUUUUUUCCAGCAGUAGCUACGACAUGUAGGCACUCAUACAUUUUGAUCGACAUUUUAGCUAUUCUUCCACUUCCGCAGGUCCUAAUUCUCAUUUUCUAUUCGAAAAUGAGGGGUUCGAGUUCUUUGAGUGCAAUAAAGGUUAUCAUGAACUUAUUUGUUUUGAUGCAAUAUUUUCCACGGGUUCUUCGCAUCUACCUUUCUUGUAAGGAACUUGGAAGGACUCAUAUUGGAGGAACUGCGACAUGGGUUAAAGGGGUGCUUAAUUUCUUUAUGUACAUCCUUGCUAGCCAUACAUAUAUGCAGUUGGACGUCGCUAGAAUAGAGGAGCACAGACACAGGAUGAAAGUUGAACGGAAACUAGAAGAGAAAAGUAGGGAGCUAGACUUGUGGUUAACUAAAAACGGCAUCCCUGAAAGAUCAAGUAAGGAUAUAAAGUCGCGGAUGAUGAAAAAGGUACAACUGGAACUGGAAGAAAACAGAGAUAUUGAUUUCGAAACUGUUUUCUCUAUGAUUCCCUUGGAGGUGCAAGACUAUGUCAAAGAUCGUAUGCCGUUGACUCGGCUAAAGCAGGUGCAGUCGUUCCAACAUCUGGAUGGAUUGGUACUUAAAGAAAUAUGUGGGCUUCUUCAGCCUAUGAAGUAUACCAAGAAUGAACUCAUUAUUCGGGAGGAUGUUGACUCCCUCCAAAUGAUGCUUCUCAUCGUAGAGGGAAACAUAAGUAUUGAAAAGCCAAAUCAUCCUAGUAGUUCAUGCGGUGCAGGAGAAUUAUACGGAGAAAAGCUUCUAACUUGGCCAUCACGGACCACCUUUCCUGCUCUGAUACCCUCGGCAAAUGAGUCUGUCAAGGCAAUUGGUGAUGUCGAAGCGCUUGUUCUCACGGCAGGUGACAUGCUGAGUGUCGGCUUUAAAUUCGGCUUCCAUUUCAAAAAAUACAACAGCCUCGAAGAACAAUUGGCUAAUCUUCAGACAUCAAUUAGAGUGUUUAGUACACAAGAAAUGAAGAAGGCCACAAACAAUUUCCAUGGAAGUCAAAUAAUUGGCAAAGGAGGCUUCGGAGUAGUUUACAAAGGAACAUUGCCAGGUAACAAAGUGGUAGCCAUAAAGUUACGCCGAUAUAGAAUAUUUGAAUUAACCGAGAAGUUUGUUGACGGGAUGAGUGUGCUUUCUCAAAUCAACCACGAAAACUUGGUGAGGCUUUCGGGUUGUUGGAUAGAGAGGGGAUCACCUGCACUGGUUUACGAGUACGUCAACAACGGCACUCUGCAUGAGCACAUUCAUCAAAGAAAUGGCAAACGACCAAUUUCAUGGGAGUCACGUAUGAACAUAGCAGUCGAUAGCGCAAGAGGACUGCAAUACUUACACUACUCCACUUCCAUGCCAAUCAUACACGGAGAUGUGAAAACAAUGAAUAUUCUAGUAGAUGACCAUUUCAGGGCGAAAGUGUCAGACUUUGAUGCUUUACAGUUAGAAGAAGAAUACACUGGACUUGCAACUAUAGCCCUUGGAACGCCCGGAUACCUUGACCCUGAAGUUUUACAAACAAAUCGAAUGACAGAGAAGAGUGACGUUUAUGGCUUUGGAGUUGUCCUAGCAGAGUUAAUAACAAGUCGAAGAGCUAUUGACCGUGAAAGGCCUGAGGGAGAGAUGAGCCUAGCAUUCUUUUUCGUUCUGUCUGCGGAAAGAGGCUGCUUGGACCAAAUUGUUGACUCUGAAAUAAUCAACGAGACAAAUUUUGAGAUGGUGGAAAAAGUGGCAGAUCUGGCAAGAAGAUGUUUAAGGAUCAAAGGUGAAGAAAGGCCUACCAUGAAUGAAGUAGUCAGCGAGCUUGAGGCUUUACAGAUUAUUGCAAAGCAUCCAGACGGGGGAAAGGCUCAUUUCUCUCAAUCUCCCAAGGAUACCGAUUACUUGCUUGGCUCGCCUUCGUAUGUUUAA